UGUUAUGAAUUAAUUGGAUUAUUAUAUUUCAUAGGAUACAUCCACACCAGAAGUAACAAGGUAUCAAACAUUAUAAAAAAUAGCUAUACAUUAUUUUAGACGAUUGAGUUAGAAACAAUUACAUAAAUUUUCUGGUUAAUAAAUUGCAUUAUUUAAAUUUAAUAAAGGAUAAAUAAAUUAAACUACUUGGCAAUUAUAUAUAAUAUAAGUAGUAUAUAAUAGAGAGUUCAGAAGGCGUAUCCCCUGAUCCUUGCUGAUCCUUGCUGAUCCACUGAUCCUUGCUGAUCCACUGAUCCUUGCUGAUCCACUGAUCCUUGCUGAUCCACUGAUCCUUGCUGAUCCUUGAGCCACUGAUCCUUGAUUACGUACGUGUGUGACGUAUAUUUACCCCUCCACCUGAACCCGUCUACUCAUCACGUGACCGAUACAUAUUUUGUAUAUUUGCCCCUCCACCUGAACCCGUCUACUCAUCACGUGACCGAUACAUAUCUUGUAUAUUAACCCCCCAUAACAUUACAUCAUAACAUAUAAUGAAAUCACUAGCUUUCACGAAAUUUAAUUUUAGCUGUUAAUGAAUAACCGAUCUAUAAUACAAAAUAUCUUAAUCGUUUAACAACAAAUUAAAAUACCUAUUAGUGAAUAACAUGUAAUGGAAUCACUAGCUUUCACGAAAUUUACUUUUACAUGUUUAGUAUGAUUUAAAUACAAUUAUUUAAUUAUAUUUUAAAUAUCAUCAACUAUAUUAUGAAAGUAUUAUAUAGUUAAAAUGAAACAAUACUAUUACUGUAACCAGCUAUUAAAGAUAUCUAGAUAUUAAUACUAUAAAGCUACUCUAUACAGUAUACAUAAUUAUAUCAUUAAGUAUAACACCUACUUAUCUUUUACAUAUUUAGUAUAAUACGAAUACAAUUAUUUAUUAAUGUACAAUAUAAUAACCCUUCUCACUUUUUCCAUAAGCAUAUAAGCCACUAAGUGUACCCAAAUCGAAUCAGUCUGUUCCAGAGAGCUAUACUCGUACUUUACCUUAGUUCUUUCAUACAGUCAUUUUUAAUUUACUCAACGUUAUUUAAAAUCAUCAGUGUUUUUAAUUUUUACAAGUGUUUUUAAUUUUUACAAGUGUUUUUAUUUUUCAAUAUGGCCGGUCCAAUUGUUGAUAUCAAAAAGAAGUCGUAUACAUACAUUCCACCGACACCACCUGCAUAUCUUAUGGAAUCUACAUCAUAUACAUUAGACUUUACAGCACGUAAGUUUGUGCAUAUUGGUAUCGAUCCAACUGAUGAAUUUCAAACUGUUAUACAUUUAAUCACUUCAUCGAGACAUAUAAAAUUAACAACAGAUUUCCUAAGACGUAUAUUUGCUCUUAUCGGUAAUAUAUUAUCAUUUAUAUUAGAAACACCACGAACAAAUAAACGAAUAACUUUUCUCGAAACUGAUUUAUUUCUAAUAUCGAGUAUGGUGUACAAGGGUGAAAACAAUCUAGUUGUUGAAUGUAAAAAUAAAAGCGAAUGCAGAGUUUUAUUGAAUCGUGCAGAUUUGAUUGAGCUAAAUAAAUUAGAAUGGUGUAUUUCAAAAACUAUGAUUCAAAAAUCAAUCAUCCAAACCAUUCUUCUUAAUCAAAUCGAUGAGUAUUGCGAUUAUCUAGAAGAAACUAGUUUACAAGAUACCAAACCACCAAAUACUGAACAUGAAAUGGAAGUAUUCAUAAAGUUGGGUACACCUUUAGAAAACACAACUACAUCUCCUAACCUGACCUAUCAAAUCCAGAUGUAUGCACCUAUGCAGUUACUUAGAAUUUGGAUAGAUCGUAGAAGGGCACGAGACACACCUGAGUUAUUUACCGAAUCCGAAAUGAGACUCAUUUCACCUCCGAGAUAUUCGAGCUUGUCUCCAAUGGACCUUUCACAAGCAAGGGUGGUUGACGAGGAAUGCGGUAUCAAUGAAUUUUUAUCGCAAAUCAAUGCUACACAGGGGGCAUGGACAUCAAUUCAGAAAACAAAAUCUAUACUGUGCAUCAUUGUCCGAAUUACGUCUACAACGAUUGUCUACGUCUGUUGGUGGGGAUAUACUGGUAUGCUAUACAAAUAAUAUUAUGUUAAUAUAUAUUUA